AUGGGGCAGGCAGGUUACCUGUUCUUGCUUCUGGUUGUCGCCAUGGCGAAAUACGAAGCGAUUACGGCGGCGGCUGUCGUCGCCGGUGAAGAUGCGAGUCCCAGUUUUCUAAACCCGUGCAAGCAGGUAGGCGGUUGCGGCCCCAGGGGAUCGACCGCCGGCCGUUUGGAGGAGGCUAAUCCGUACCAACGCGGCUGCAGCGCAUUGACCAGGUGCCGCCGUGACAUUCCGCAACCAGUAAAGACGAAAGGCCUCGUUGUGAAUUCAAAGGAAUUUGUGCCAUUCUCGUUACCGGAACACCGCUUGGGCACCGUGAACCAUCUUUUUCCGCCGCGACGCACCGCUCGUCUCCGCCGUAAUCCAUUGCAAAGCCGAAACCAAGCUCCUCCACCAAUGAGCCUGACCUUACGCCGACCACUCACCUACGCUCUCAAAAACUCCCGCCUUUCUCACCGCUUUCUGUCCUCCGCCGUGACCAACCACCAAAACCCUAAUCCCCCACCUCCGCCGCCCCAAAACACUAGCCCCAGAACCCGAACACGAACCCCUCUGGAGAAGCAGUUCGAGACAUGGCUGGAGCGUCUGAAACCCGGCUUCACCUCAUCCGACGUCGACGAGGCUCUGAGGUCCCAAUCGGAUCCCGAUCUCGCCCUCGACAUCUUCCGGUGGACCGCCCAGCAGCGCGGCUAUAAGCACGACCACGUCACCUACCUCACUGCCAUCCAGAUUGCCGUCUCCGGCAAGCGCUUCGGCCACGCGGAGACUCUCAUCGAGGAGGUCAUCGCCGGCGCCUGCCCCCCCAGCGUCCCGCUCUACAACUCCAUGAUUCGCUUUUGCUGUGGCCGUAAGCUCCUCUUCAAUCGCGCCUUCGAUAUUUACAAGAAAAUGCUGAAAUCUGAUGACACCAAGCCCUCUUUAGAAACCUACACGUUGUUGUUGAAUGCCCUUCUUAGGAGAUUCAACAAGCUGAAUGUGUGUUAUGUGUAUUUGCACGCUGUUAGGUCUCUGACCAAGCAAAUGAAGGCUUCUGGUGUGAUACCGGAUACGUUUGUGUUGAAUAUGAUUGUAAGGGCUUAUUCUAAGUGUCUUGAAGUUGAUGAGGCUGUCCGGGUUUUUCGCGAAAUGGGAUUGUAUGGAUGUGAGCCGAAUGCGUAUACCUAUAGCUAUAUAGUCCGAGGCUUGUGUGAGAAGGGCAGGGUGAACCAGGGAUUAGGGUUUUAUAAGGAGAUGAAAGGGAAAGACUUGGUGCCAAAGGGUAGUGCAUAUAUGAUCUUGAUUUGUAGCCUUGCAAUGGAACAGAGGUUUGAAGAUGCUACUGGAAUUGUGUUUGACAUGUUGGGCAAUCAUAUGGCACCUGAUUUGUUGACUUACAAAACUCUCUUGGAAGAGUUGUGCAGAGAAGGGAGAGGCAAUGAUGCUUUAGAACUGCUUGAGGAACUGAAGAAGAAGGAUACAAUGAUGAAUGAGAGAACUUACAAGAUGUUGUUGAAUGGACUGCAUUCGCUAAACCAGGAAUAGGCACUGGACAUUAUUCCUUAUUCUUGUCCUCAAAGGUUUGAUGUCUCUCAUGUUGAUUCAAGUAGCCCCCUCUUAGUUCAACUUGGACUCUUGGAGAGAAAACAAGGAUAUUUACAAUGUUAAGUGAGUCCAGGAGAUUUGGAGAGCCGAUAUGUUCUUUUGUACAGAUUGUUCUAUUUUGCAAUGAUAAAUCAUUAUGGGAAGGUCUCUAGCCAUCGAAGUCUUUAUGCUAGACUAGAACUGCUCGAAGAACCAAGAGAGGAGGUAUUCUGUGAUGGAUGAACUAAUGGGCUAUAUUUGUUAAGUUGGGAGUUGGCAUCAUACCUAUUUUCUCAUUCCUGUAAUUUGGUUCGAUAUCUCUCAUUCAUUCAAGUACCUCUUUUCAAGUUAAACUCAAAGCAUGUGAACGGUGUUAAGUCCUGUCUGGGAAAAAUGGCAUUUUUCUUUUGUACCAACUUAUUUAUCCUGCAACAAUCAAUUGUAAGAGGUAGUUUAUGGCUGUCUGAAUCUGUCUGCGGGGAACUUAAGCUACAGUUCAAUUGGCACGCGAUUUUCACUAGUACCGUUAAGAAGAUGUGUAUGCCACUCGUUUAUAUUUCGCAGUCGACAAGAAUCUGCAAUUUUGGGCUGGAUCGACAAGUAGGCCAGCAUGAUUCUCUCUGUUAUAGAUUUCAUCAACAAUGUAAGUGUGGCAGACUGUAGAGGCGAUGAUGCUUGUUUUGCACUCGGGAUUUUUUUCCCUGUCUUUCCAUGACGAUACAGAUAAAUCGGCAUCAUAGCUUGCCACAGCUGUAGUGUUGAUCAUACAGAACCUGGAGUUUGAUUAGAUUGUAUCUCUGUUGAUUCUAUGGCAGUUUCUGUUAUUGUCCGUUGCUGGUUUUUUGAAAUCAAUGGGCAAGAGGAACUAUGAAACUCUCUCUUUCGGAUCAGAACCAUGAGUGAGGAUGGUGAGAAGAGCCCAGCAUAGUUGCAUUGUUUCUGCAUUUACAGCAUAAAUUGGAGUUCGAAUGGUUGUCUUCAUUCUUUGCAUUUUCCAACGUUAGGCAGGCUAGUGCAACAGAGUUUAUAUGCAAUACAAGGGCAGAUUACACACAAAAAAAUCCCAACUUUUAACUUGUUUUCAAUUUUAUACUCUCAACUUUUUUUAUUUUUGCAAUUGAGAUAUCUAGCUUUCCUUU